AUGUUUCCCUCAAAUACGCGCCAACUACGUCCAAAGCAUCUCUCCACCGUCCUACGCCCAGAACCAUCUGUUGUGACCGCCGCCGACCGCCAUGCCUCGGAAGAACAAUACAUGGCCUUUCUGCGCAGACGCGACGCAGCGGGUACUACCAUUCUCAGUGUUUUUACGGGGACAUUGGUAGUCGCGGAUGCAGGAUUGGACGGGGCCAAAGAGUUACAGCGCCGCGACUCCUGA